AUGAUGUUCGCGUUCAUUAGUUGUGUCGCGUGUGAAAAUGUUCCAUCAGACGAUCAAGUGAUUACCAUGAUCAACAAGUUAGAUGAAGAACAAACUUUACCAUUAUUUGGUGGUUUGUCAUUAGAGAAAGUUGACAAUUCCGGUGACAUUUCCCCACGUUCUGAAAGCUUAACCGAUAGAAUCAUUCGAUAUUUCCAAAGUCACAAAGUAAAUUUUGAAUUAAGUGAAGCGCGCACGAAUGUUGGAGGUAAAAUAAAGCCAGUUAUUGUUAAGAAAGUCAAAAAAGCACGCGGAAAGCUCAAGAAACUCAUGUUGCCUAUCUUGUUGGCUCUUAAAUUCAAGACUGCCGUUAUUCUUCCAAUUGCUUUCACGAUCCUUUCACUUAUCUCAUUGAAAGCACUUAAGGUUGGACUUGUCGCUUUGAUCCUUGCUGCGUCGUCCUUCGUUAAGGAAUUCUUCGCUAAGAAACAAGAAAAAAUUACAACUGCUUAUAUUUCAGCUAAUCCCUCAAAUUCCGGUUUCAAUGCAGAAAUCGUGAGUGACUGGAAUAGAAAUGGAGCACCUGCUGGUGAUUUAGCUUACAACGCCUACAAUAACAACAAUUAUCAAACUUUACCUCAAAACGUUUAAGAAGAAAGUGUAAAAGCUGUCUGGAAAUCUAUUUAUUUAAUUUAUUUAUAAUUUAUUGACCGAUGGUUAUGAUCGUUAAUAAAAUUUGUGAAUCAUUCUGAAAACAAUUAUCGAACAUUU